AUGCGUGACCUCGAGGGAAACAGCGGCGGAAGAGCCGCCCAAGAUGCCGCCUCUGAGCCUCCCUUCUUGUCUCUUGACGGGAUCGCAGAACCCAAACCCAAAGCCGAUUCUCUCAAGGCCAUCGCAUGGAUGGUUGUCAAUACUCUGGCGACGGUCUUCAGCAACAAGGCCAUAUUCUCGGAGAAGCGGUGGAAGCAAUCUCAGCUUUUGUUUGCCUUCCUUCACUUCUUCAUGACUUGGCUUCUACUUUUUGCUCUCUCUCGACCACCAUUUGACAUGUUUGUGCCUCGUCGUGCUCCUAAGCUGCACCUGAUUCCUCUCGGUACCGCAAUGUGCUUCAACGUCGUUCUGCCGAAUCUAUCCUUGGCCUACUCAACCGUCACAUUCUACCAAAUUGCACGAAUACUGCUGACGCCAACGGUCGCCAUCAUGAACUUCCUCUUAUACGGCAGGACUCUUCCCAGAGGAGCUGCUCUCUCCCUAAUCCCCGCCUGCGUAGGAGUCGGUUUGGUUACAUAUUUCGAUUCCAUUCCAGUGGAUGACCAUGCCAUCAAGACGACCUCUGGGCUGGGAAUUAUAUUUGCGUUUACGGGCAUCUUUGCCUCUUCUCUCUACACGGUCUGGAUUGCGGGCUAUCAUCGGAGACUCAACAUGAACAGCAUGCAGCUUCUCUAUCUUCAAGCGCCAGUGGCCUGCUUCUUUCUCAUCUUCUUUAUUCCACUUGUUGAUAACUUUCCAAGCGCCAUGUAUAUGCCAACUCGACUGAGCACACGAGGGCUUGUUAUCCUUUCUACAAUAUUUGCUGCGCUGAUCAAUAUUUCGCAAUUCUACAUUGUGGCACAAACGGGACCCGUAUCGAGUACAGUUGUCGGUCACGUCAAGACCUGCACCAUCGUGGGCCUUGGAUGGGCCAUGUCUGGUCGUGCGGUCAGUGAUAAAUCCGCAAUUGGAGUUGUGAUAGCAGUAGCAGGCAUCACUUCAUACUCCAUCAUCAUGUUGAAGCACAAGAGGAUGAAAGCACAAGAAGAUGAAAGCAAGUAA